AUGGAUCGUCAGCCCCGCGAGCACCUUCUAGCAGCCCAGAUUUUGAACUACGUCGCCGUUCAGCCCAACACCCUCGACAAAAAUUCCAUCGAAGUCAUCGAGGAUUACUUGGAGCACAUACCCCAGGCAGUCCUUGACAAAAUCGCCCAGCAGAACGAACAGCAACUCGGCACCAGACGUCGGAAUCAAGGUAAUAGGACAAAGGGGCUCAAGAAAGCGGUCGAACCCAUUACCCUCGACUAUAAUCGCCCCCGUACGGCAGUCGAGAACAACCUCGUUGCCAUUGAGCUCUACGACUUGGGACUUCGUUGGAAGAUCACGGCAGCGGGAUUCUUCAACCCCGAGGAGGAAGUCGCUGAUAACGAGGGCUCCGCCCUCGUCGGAAAUAACAUCCACUAUAAGGAUAUCAAUAUAUUUCUCUAACUCCGUCAUAGAGUACGCUACCAACCCAGCCCGUCGUGAAGUCUUGAGACGCGAUCUGGGUUAACUGCUGAAGGGCUCCG